CCUCAAUGCAACUAGUUUACUUUUCGAUACCCUUUCAUUUAGUUGUCAUAUUCAUACUAAAUAUAUUGGGGCGGUGUUUUCAUUAUUUUACUUAAAAUAAGCAUAAUCGAGAUACUUGCGUAUUCGUCGACAUGAAAAUUUACAUUUUUCUGGUGGUGGGACACAUAGCUUUAACUCAGGCUUCUGAGAUACCCCAAACUGAAGGGGCAACUCUAACAAAUUGCACGAAACCCGACAAAGCCACAAUUCAAAAGAAAGUUACGGCUGCAAUGGAGAAAACAGUAGAAAAUCUAUUUAGAGACGCAUCAUUCUUCAGAAAGAAAAGGUUUGUGUCAGCUCAGAGUGACGCGCAAAAGUACACGGACAACCACGGGUCGGAAAUGUAUGCAGGGUCAGUUGUACCAAUUGAACUAGAAAGAGAACAUCAGCGAGUAGACGAAGGUAAAAAGUCGAGUACGGAUUUAAUUUCCAAAAGAUCUUCUCUGUACCAAUUAGUCACUUCAUUUGACAACAUUGCCUACGCAAAUGCUAUCCACAAGAAAGAUAAACAUACUGAUUCGAAUGUUCAGAAGGCAAUAUCAAAAGGCGGCGAUUUUGCGUACGCUGGCACUUCGACCACUCUCUGGAGGUCAAAAAGAUUUUGUGUACCACUCAGUUAUGAUGACGGUGUUAAAAAAAUGGUAAAACAGGUUGUGGACCAGGCAUUUAAGACAAUAGAAUUCUAAUUGAUCAAAUCAGGAUACCAAUAAACGAUGGAUCUGUGUAUGUAAUGCAUAUGCAGUUCUAGUUCUUAUUAUUGUA